AGCCUCUGCGCGCCAAGUUCGGGUUGAAAGCGGACGCCGCGGGUCACGUGGCUGGCGCGCGGCUGAGCGCAGGUAGGUGGGUGUCCAGUUGUGGUGCGGUCGGCGGCGGCGGCGUGGGACUGAGGCGUAGCCAUACACGUGCUGGGCUGCGUUCUGGCAACUUGGAACCAAUACAAUGGCAACUCCAGUCAAUGGGACCCACUGGGAUCCUGCUGUGUGGUCUUCCCAUGAUAAGAUGCUGGUGCAGCCCCUCAAGGACAGUGACAUUGAGGUUUACAACAUCAUUAAGAAGGAAAGUAACCGGCAGAGGUUUGGAUUGGAGCUGAUCGCCUCGGAGAAUUUCGCCAGCCGAGCAGUUUUAGAGGCCCUGGGCUCUUGCUUAAAUAACAAAUACUCUGAGGGGUACCCAGGCCAGAGGUAUUAUGGCGGGACUGAGUUUAUUGAUGAACUGGAAACACUCUGUCAGAAGCGGGCUCUGCAGGCCUAUCACCUGGACCCACAGUGCUGGGGGGUCAACGUCCAGCCUUAUUCAGGCUCCCCUGCAAACUUUGCAGUGUACACGGCCCUCGUGGAGCCCCAUGGGCGCAUCAUGGGUCUGGACCUGCCUGAUGGGGGCCACCUGACCCAUGGGUUCAUGACAGACAAGAAGAAAAUCUCUGCUACAUCCAUCUUCUUUGAAUCUAUGCCCUAUAAGGUGUACCCAGACAGUGGCUACAUCAACUACGACCAGCUGGAGGAAAAUGCCCGCCUCUUCCACCCGAAGCUGAUCAUCGCAGGAACUAGCUGCUAUUCUCGAAACCUGGACUACGAACGUUUGCGGAAGAUUGCAGACGAGAGUGGGGCAUAUCUCAUGGCAGACAUGGCACACAUCAGCGGGCUAGUGGCAGCUGGCGUGGUGCCAUCCCCUUUUGAACACUGCCAUGUGGUGACCACCACCACCCACAAGACCCUGAGAGGCUGCCGUGCCGGCAUGAUCUUUUACAGGAAAGGAGUGCGCAGUGUGGAUCCCAAGACAGGCAAAGAGAUUUUGUACAACCUGGAGUCGCUCAUCAAUUCCGCUGUGUUCCCAGGCCUGCAGGGAGGUCCCCACAACCAUGCCAUUGCUGGGGUUGCGGUGGCCCUGAAGCAAGCUAUGACUACAGAAUUCAAGAUCUAUCAGCUGCAGGUGCUGGCCAACUGCAGGGCUCUGGGUGAGGCCCUCACGGAGCUGGGCUACAAUAUAGUCACAGGGGGUUCUGACAACCAUUUGAUCCUCCUGGAUCUCCGUUCUAAGGGUACAGAUGGUGGAAGGGCUGAGAAGGUGCUAGAAGCUUGUUCCAUUGCAUGCAACAAGAACACCUGCCCAGGUGACAAAAGUGCACUGCGGCCUAGCGGAUUGCGCUUCGGAACCCCAGCACUGACAUCCCGAGGACUCUUGGAAAAAGACUUUCAAAAAGUAGCACACUUUAUCCACAGAGGGAUAGAGCUGACUCUGCAGAUUCAGAGCAACCUGGGCUCAAAGGCCUCCCUGAAGGAAUUCAAGGAGAAGCUGGUAGGAGAUGAGAAGCACCAGAAGGCUGUGCAGGCCCUCCGGGAGGAAGUGGAGAGCUUUGCUUCUCUCUUCCCUCUGCCUGGCCUGCCUGAUUUCUGAAGUUGUCAUCCUACUCCAUGCAUUUGACCUGGCGCCGCCACCGCACACCAGAAGGGCAGGCAGGAGCACUGCCCAGGGAGUCACCUGCCUGAGGACCCAGUCCCUCAAGAGAGAUGAUGGAGGUGCCCCACAAGGGACCCCUCUCUGCCCUUUUGAGGGCAUUUCUUUUGGACUUUUCUUGUUUUCACAAAUUGAAAUUUAUUUAAGUCUGAUUGUUAGUAAUUCUUAGGUUCUUAAGUAAUUUAAAUUUGAACCUCCGAUUUUCAACAGUUGUAUUUAAUUCUAGAAAAAGAAAUACUGUAUAGCCCUUUAGCCUUAAUCAUUUAGACAGUAGUAUAGGAGAAAGCUAUUAGAAAGAUUCCAGUAUUUUCCUCUGCAUUCUCUAAGUUGCUGGGCUCUCCCCGAACUUGCUGUGACAGGUUAAGAAAUACCCCAGUUCACAGCUUAUAAAUGCUGCCCACUCUUCCUGUUUUGUUGCCCAAUGGGAUUGUUGCCAAAGGAGCACUGAAUUGUGACCAUUACAACUGGAGAGGGCAAUUCUGAAGCUUCUGCUGUGUAUUUUAAAUUACAAGUUAGACAAGUAUAUACAAGGGUACCCAGUACAGUGGGAGCAUUUGCUGUCAGCACCUCAAAAUCUGUUGUAAAAGGGCUGGGGGUAUAGCUCACUUGUAGAGCAUGUUCUUAGCAUGCAUGAAGCCCCGUGUUUGAUCCCCAGCAUCAAAAAUAAGUGUUGUACAAACAAUCUGUUCCACCUUCUAUCCAGAGAAGGGCCCAGUCCCUUCUUGGUAUGGGAGUCAGCCAGGGGCCAGAGGCUUUCCUGCUCCACCCAAGAAAACCAACUCCCUCCUAUAAUCAGGAACUCAAUGUCACCUUCCCAAAGAAUCUUUAUUUUUCACAUAGCUGAAAUGCAAACUAUAGAUGACCAUUUUAAUAAGCACAAUCGAAAUUUUAACCACAGAAUGUCUACAAGAAUUACAGCUUUAAAAAAUACAACCAAUUUUUAUAUUUCAAAAAUAAUCUGAACUCAAAUAAAUUAAUUUCUUAAAAAGU